AUGCCUAUCAAGUAUCCUUGCCUCUUCUGUAAGAAGUCUGUUCGUGCGAACCAGCAUGCUUUCCAGUGUGAGCGCUGCCAGGGAUGGCAGCAUGUUGGCUGCAACUCUGGUUUUAGUCACCAGCAGUACCUGGAGAUCCGUGACGAUCCAUCCAGGCUGGACGUUUGGAUCUGUGCACCCUGUACAAGUCAAGACCAAGAACAGGAGGAAGACCCGAUGGACAUCGAGGAGAACGGAGACGUCCCUACCGAUGACGGCGGUUUCAACGUCGAGACCGACUUUGAUGUACCACUUGAAGUAGCCGAGAACCCCCUCCCCGAUGCUGCCCUACCUGCUGUAAUCCCUGGCCUAGGUGAUGAGGACAUCACUAUCUACAAGACGGUGGAGUCCGGCACGAAACGGGGUAAAGUCAUCUUGGUUGAUAGUCACGGCUACACCUACACAAAGAAGUGGAAGAAGGCCGGUUCCACUUCUUCCAAAGUCACAUGGCUGUGUAGUGUCCGGGGCAAGUUGCACAGGUGUGCUGUGUCUGUUCACCAAGAUGGCAACCUUUUUCAUGCUGGACUUCACACCAAGCAUACGCACCCAGCACAUCCCGGGGCAGACGUCGCAGUUCAAGUGAAGGCGUUGGUGAUUACCAAGGCCAAGGCUGACAUCUUCAAAUCAGCAGGGGCCAUUGUCGAGGAUGUCAUCACCACACUGACGCACCCGCUGCAAGUUGUCCUAAUCCAACCAACCUGUCCCGGGCUCCAAACCGUCACUGCCAGAGCCAGCGCCCUCCCGAGCCACGAGACAUUGACUUUAUAA